AUGCAGCAAGGACCGUUGUACGGCUACGGAGUCUACUGCGCCGAGAGCUCCACCAAGGCCGACGAGUAUGCCGAGGAGAUCCGAGGCGGGCUGCCCAGCGGCGAAGGUUGCCAUGCCAUGCUUGUGUGCCGUGUUGUGGGCGGCCUUUGUCGCAUCGUGGACACGAAUGAGUUUGACCCAGACGACUUGCGGCAGGAUGUGCUGGAUGGCCCGUACCAUUCCGUACUUGGUGAUCGUGUUGUGAAGCUGAAGAAGCCAUUCCGAGAGAUCGUUGUCCAUGACAACAACCAGAUCUUCCCAGAGUUCAUUCUGUACUACAAGAGGCUGACACGCAUGGUGAUUCGCAUGCUGCUUUGCGUGGACAGUCUUGGCCAUGCUUUCAUGCAACAAAUGAUGAUGGGAGGUAUGAUGCCCGGACUAAUGCCUGGGAUGCCAGGACUUCCUGGAAUGCCGGCCAUUUCGGAGCAGCAGACCACGCCAGCAGCAGAAAAGCUGAGAGCCUCACAGCCAGCUGUGGCCCAGGCAGCCGAACCGGAAGCGCUGCCGUCUGCGCCAGAGGCUGCUCCAGUUGCGAAGGCGAAGGAGCCACCACCUUCACUAAGCCAGCCAAAGAAAGAGGUGUUGGAGUGGCCUGCAUGGCUUCGCUUCGGGGCACCAUGUUCGGUUUGCGGCGAUGCCAGCACAGCUGAUGCCCAGCCCCACGGAGUGAUCUGCCGCCGACGGCGAAAGAACACAGUUGGUGGCUGUGGAAAGGGUGUUUGUUGGGUUUGCAUGGAAAGGGAGCCACGAUCCAAGUUUGGCAUGGUUCGAACGACGAGAGAAGAGUUCGAGUCGUUGGAGGAGUCUGCCUGGUGGAUGCACGAAGCGUGUAUGGAGCCGUCGGACUUACGCGCUUACUUCGGCGGUGAGAAGGAGCUCGCAGAGGCACGAGCGGCAGCAGAUGCUUCAGACACCGUCGUUCCAGACAAAGUCAAGACCAAGGAACCUGACGUGGACCCUUUGGAGGCUGAGCAGGAGCGCAUCAAAAAAAUGCCAGUGAAGGAGCUGAAGGCAUACCUCGACAGGCACAAUACCUCUCAUGCCGAUCUCUUCGAGAAGCCGGAUCUCCUUGCUCGCGCACUUGAGGUAGCAUUGAAGUCAGGGCCGGAACCACCACCUGGACCAGCAUGGAUGAAGUCGGGCGACAUUUGCCGCUUGUGUGGGAAGCCGCAGAUGCAGGAUGAAGGUGGCGUCUUCUGCCGACGAAGACGGCAAGACGGCAGGAUCGCCGGCUGCGGAGAGGCCAUCUGCUGGCGGUGCAUGAAGCGAGCACCCAAAGAUGCAUUUGGCAAAGUGCGAUGCACAAAGGAAGAGUUUGCUGGCCUGGGCCAGGAUGCUUGGUGGAUGCAUCAGCAUUGCUUCGAGGAUGGAGAUUGGCAGGAUUAUUUUGGCGAACCUGAACCAGAGGAAGAACGAUGGCGGCGAACAGGAGAAUCGAAUUGGUGA